GACCUAGUUUUCGUGUUAACAACGCGCUGUUUCGUCGCUAGCGACCAUUCGUAAUAUCAGGUUAUGAUGCGAUUGACUUGUGAUGUGGUUAUGAGCAAUUGGAGUUCCUAGGAUGAUGAUCACAAGCAGCUUGAGUGUGGAUGUUGAGCCAGCAUUUUUUUGAUGUCAUGAUCUAAAGUUCUGUCUGCUGUUUAUGAUGUGGACUAUUUGCACCAUUCUUGGAUGAAACAGGAAGAUAGAAUUCCAUUUCGAUUACAAAAGUCUAUAUCUUGUGACAGGAUUCAUCUUUUGUAUCGUUUGAAUAUACCAUUCCAUUCUUAGAUCUGCGGCACAGUAUUACAAAGCAUUGCUAACGAUCAGCAGGAUCACAUUUGACUGAAAAUUUAUGAUGAUGAUUCCUAUUUGAAUAUCGCCCAAGAAUAUGAAAAAAAUAAGCACGAGUCAGUAGUCAGAUUAUGAUUCUUGAUAGGAGCAGAAUGCUGGUUUAUUCCUCAUUGGUCCAGUACCAUUUCUUGUUUAUCUCCAGGGCUACUUGGAUUUGAGGUAUAGCACCAGAGUUGCAUAGCAUGUAUAGUAGCAUUCCUGGAUACAGAUCUUCAUUUUCGGAUAGACUUUCUGUUGAUGUCUCUUGGACCCACAGCAUGAUUCUGUAGAGUCACUAAGAAUCGUGCUUGUGCAUUCUCAAAGCCUCGACGUUCAGCUGAUGGUAACAGGGGUGGAUUAGAUAUCACUGGUGUUACCCCUUCCCUCGCUGGAAUGACACACUUGUGAAGAAGAACCUACGAUUUUAGACGGAAACAACAAAAGGAUUAACCUCUUUAGAGUGAUACAGGAAACGGAUUUACCUCUUGAGAUCGAAACAACUAAAGGAUAUACCGAUGUCUUGAUGCUCUCACGAUGCUUGUGAGAGGUGACCCCUGGUUGUGUCGGUGUUGUGGGAAUGUCAUCCCCUACGCUGUCAUUAUUACUGUCAUACAUUUCAACAUGGCUGGGCUCGUACUCGGGGCCGCACCGAAAGCCCCCAGCAACCUGACCGUCACCUACGUUACCAACAACUUCGCCAUAGCUUCGUGGAGGUACACCGGCGGCGCAGAACAACCAGUGUCGGCAUUUGAAAUGACAAUUUGUCCCAUUCAGACCAGGACUAGUCAUAGACAAAGAGACGUUCGAACCUACUGCAUGUUGAUACCCAAUUUGGAAUCAUUCCUUACCCAGGUUCGCCUUGAGAAGUUACAGCCGGCCACAGUGUACCUCGUAUAUAUGACAGCUGUUUAUGACGACGCCUAUAGCAACAAAAGUAAUAAUGUCUCUUUCACGACAAUAUCAGAUAGCGGGGUAUUCCGCGCUGGGGACGCAUGUGUGGUUCUCAUCGUCAUUGUCAUGUGGAUCGUAGCCGUGGUGUUGUUUCUUCAGAAGUGGGCCAGCAUUCGAAUAGUCCAGCCAAGAGAACUGAGAUAUAAAUUCAAACCUAAAAAUCUGGAUAACAUAAAGGUUGUGAAACGCGCGACAGAUAGUGUGAUAUAUAAGAGUUACAGCAGACAGUUGUCCUUUACCAUGGAAAAACGUGAACAAAAGUUAGAAAGAAUGAAUACAUUACAAAGCAUCCAAGUGGAACAGGAUGCCAAGGAGAGGGUAGAGAGAGAGAUCAGACUCAAACAAAUGACCAAGAAAGAGAGAAAAGAAGAACUAGAAAGUGAAAAGCGAAGAGCGGCGAUUGCCAAGGAUAAGCUUCGAGAAACGAGAGAGAAAAUGAGAGAAAAGGAAAAAGAGAUGGAUAGGAAGUUUAAAGAGCAACAGAAGGAGAGAGAAAAUGAGAGGGAGAAAUUAAGACUUGAAAGAGAAGAGACUUUAAGAAGCCAGAAUAGAGAGAAAGAGAAGCUGAAAGCGCAGACGAGUUUACCAGCUAGGAUGGGGAGCCAAGAAAAGGAAAAGUUAAAAGUGCAAAUGAGUUUAAAGAUGGAGAACAUUCGAGAGAAAGAGAUAAGUAUUCCAAAAGAUAGUUAUGUUUUUCCAAGGGACACUCAUGUUAAUAAGCCGAGUUUAGAGGGGAAUGGUUCGCCUCAUUUGACCAGUGUGCAGAUUGAAACUGCAGUGCCAUCCAGACUGUCUGAUUCGGGAAAGUCCGGUGAUUUGUCAAUAACUUCGGUAGAUUUGGGAAAAGAAUCGUUGGAUUCGGUAGAUUCCGGAAAUAAACAGUCCAGUUCGGUGGGGUACGAAGAAAGGUUGCCAGAUACUGUGAUACUAGACACGAAACAAAAUGGUAGUGACGUCAGCGGAAAUGACGAGACUGUAGUUGUCAUGAUGACGACGUCUACGUGAUCGUAGUCACGUGAUGUAUAUGAUAUAAUUGAACCAUAUUAUGGCCAUCCCGGAUUACCUUCAAAGAGCGGAAUCCAACAUAGAAUGUAUAUAUAGCGCACUAUGCAUGUUUGUGUAUAUUUUGUUUAAUAGUGACAGUUGUACAAAUAACUUGAUUGAGUUCGUAAGUUGGGUAAAUCCUUUGAUUUGGAUUAUUAUAUUGAUUUCUAGUGGCUGAAUCACUCGAUUUUGUACCAAAGAUUUUGAUGUGGAAGAAGAAUGUCUCCCAUCCUCUGUCAUAUUCCAGAUGUAGGCACCAUGGGUGAAUCUGUUGCCAGAAGAUGGUAGUACUAUAACCAUAUCCUAUCUCAUGAUGGUUCUUACAAUGCAUUAAAGGGAGACUCAUAGAGAGGAGCUACAGCCAAACCCCUCUCCAAUGCGUCAAUUGUGCUAUUUCAAUGAGAGUUACAACAGUACUAGAGACAUCUAUUGGCAACUUGGCAUAUCAUAAUCUGACCAAUCUCCUGCAUAUGGUCUCCCUUUAAAAUACUUGCGACUUUUGCUGAGUAAGCACACAUUGUGGCCAGGCCAAUGUAUCCACCAAGUGCUAUCUAGCAGGCCAUGGGGGGGGGGGGGCUAGAAAGUCCAGAGAUGAUGGUACAACUGUACUUUUGCCCCUGGCGGCAAUGUCAGGAGGCUGCAAUUUAUUUCAGCUUUAGUUUACCUGCUGAAUUUAAAUUUCAUGUUGGAAGUAUGUGCAGAAAUUGCCGCUGGCAAACUAUUGGUAAAUGAAUUUAAAAAGUGUACAUAAACUAAAGAUUCUGAAAGCUAUACAUCUACGAAGAAGGCUGUGCCUUCGGUGGCGAAAGAUGAACAUGUAAAUAAAAAACAAUGUAGUGAAACACUAAGUAUUAUCAGAUUAUACCAGCGCACAUAAUCAUAGUCAACAUGUACGAUCAGGAAUGUAUAUAUAACUCAAGAAUGUAAUUCUAGAACUUAGUACCAAUCUCCGACAGUAGGGGACUCUUUAUCCCAGCCUUGAGUGUCACUCAAGCGCGAGAUGCGAGAUGCAAUACCACAGACCUGUCCUGACUAUCUAAUUUCAAUGCAAUAUCAUGAUAGAGCUUGUUGAUUUCGUACAUGAUUCAUUUAGCUGCGAUUUGUAAAGAAAACGCUCUUCAUGGAAUCACUCUGAGCAUGCAAAUGUUAGUGUCUAGAUAAGACACAGGCUGGGGGUUGCUUUGUCUUCAUCUUUCUGAACCAUCAAAUAAACGAGAGAAAUAAAGCAUUCUAUCAGAUCA